UAAGUGCAAGUGAUACUUAUUACUUUGGUUACCCAGUAACCCAAAAACAAAUUAAUUAUUGCUUCCGUAAAUUUGCACGCCACUGGACCAAUUGCUACCAAUAUGUGAAAAACUCAGGUUAUGUGAGUUUAAGAGUGAGGUUAUAUUUACAUAACAUUUUUUUGCGUUAUUAAAAAAGAAUGGAAUCUGAGGAGAAUUUGCACCGCCUGGAAGGCAUAAGUGACCAAAAAGGCGGCCUGAUUGUAAAAAAGAAGCCCCCAACAUUCAAAGUGCCCCAACCUUCGCUCCUAGGCCUCGACCGUCUAGCGGCGGCAAAGCGUCGCGAAAAGGAGGAAGCAGCACGAAAAAUGUCUUUUACAAUGGACGAUAAUGACAACACCGACGAUUCAAGUUCACUCUUGAAGGAAAAACACUCAAAAGACAGUCGCAAAUUCCGGUCACCCCACAACGAGACCCCCACGUACACUGGGGGGAUCAGUGACGAGGCCCGCGAGCGCCUCAUCGAGCGUCUCAAGUCGAACAAACAGAAGGAGAAGGGGGUUUACGCGACGACUAAAGACAGACACAGGGAUAGGGAUAGGGACCGGGAGAGGGAUAAGGACAGGGACAGGGGGCGCCACCGAGACAGGGAGAGUUCGCAUCGUUCUAAGACCCCACGGUUUCGAGACGAGCCCAAGACCCCGAAUUUGGGACACAAGGACGAGAUUUCAAAGUCGUCAUGGGAUGACGAUGAUGAUGUCGGGCCCUCGAAAAAGUCUUCGUGGGAUUUCCCGACGCCUUCGACUUACAAAGGGAGCGGUGGGGAUUGGUCGGAGCGGAGCACCAAGUCACGGAAGUACGACGAGUCGAAGCGAAGCUCGCGCGAGAGUAAACGAAGGAAAUACGAGGAUGAGAGUGCGAGGUUUACGCCGGCCCAUAAAUACAAUUCCUGGGCCAAAGACAGGAAACGGAGUGGGGCUACGCCCAUGCCUGGCAAAGAUGGGGUUAUCAAGUGGGAUAACACCGUCGAUAGGGAAUUAUGGGAGGAGGAACAGAAGAGGAUUGACAGGGAAUGGUACAAUAUGGAUGAGGGGUACGAUGAUGGAAAUAACCCUUUUUCGAGCGUCAGUGAGGAAUAUACGAAGAAAAAAGAAGAACAGUUGGAGCAAAGGAAGAAGAAGCGGCUUUCAGCACAACAAAGACAGAUCAAUAAGGAUAAUGAGUUGUGGGAGAGGAACAGAAUGCUGACUUCGGGGGCUGUACAUUCCAUUGACUUUAAUGAAGACUACGAUGAAGAAUCCAUCGAUCGGGUCCAUCUGUUGGUGCACAAUAUUGUGCCCCCUUUUCUGGACGGGAGGAUUGUCUUCACCAAACAGCCGGAACCGGUCAUUCCUGUUAGGGACCCCACUUCUGACAUGGCCAUAGUCUCGCGCAAAGGCUCGCACCUUGUGCGGGUGUACCGUGAGCAGAAGGAGCGCAAAAAGGCUCAGAAGAAGCAUUGGGAGCUUGGAGGCACCAAAAUCGGCAACAUCAUGGGAAUCAAGAAAAAGGAGGACGAAGAAGAUAAACGAUUCAACAAAGAGGACGACACGGCUGAUUACAAAACCGAUCAGAAAUUCGCCGAACAUAUGAAAUCGACAGAAGCCUCCAGUGAUUUCGCCAAGAAGAAGACUAUUCUCGAACAGAGACGAUAUUUGCCCGUUUUUGCCGUCCGACAAGAAUUGCUGAAUGUUAUCAGAGAGAAUUCGGUUGUUAUUAUUGUGGGGGAGACCGGAAGCGGGAAGACCACCCAGCUGACCCAAUACUUGCACGAGGAUGGGUAUAGCAAAUAUGGGAUGAUUGGAUGCACCCAACCGAGAAGAGUUGCAGCUAUGUCUGUAGCCAAACGUGUGAGUGACGAAAUGGGGACCCAAUUAGGGGACGACGUCGGUUACGCCAUCCGUUUCGAAGACUGCACUUCUGAAAACACAGUAAUCAAAUACAUGACUGAUGGUAUUUUGCUGAGAGAGAGCCUCCGAGAGCCCGACUUGGACCACUACAGUGCCGUAAUUAUGGACGAGGCUCACGAGAGGUCGCUCAGUACCGACGUCCUUUUUGGCUUGCUGAGAGAGAUUGUGGCUCGCCGUCACGACCUCAAACUCAUCGUCACCUCCGCCACGAUGGACUCGAGCAAAUUCUCGAUGUUUUUCGGCAACGUGCCCACCUUCACAAUUCCUGGUCGCACAUUCCCUGUGGAAAUCCUCUUCAGUAAAAAUCCAGUGGAGGAUUAUGUGGACGCUGCCGUCAAGCAGGCUCUCCAAAUCCACCUCCAACCUCCGUCUGGAGAUAUCCUUAUUUUUAUGCCCGGUCAGGAGGACAUUGAAGUGACGUGUGAAGUCCUGGCUGAGAGACUUGCAGAGAUUGAAAAUGCUCCAGAAUUGUCAAUUUUGCCGAUUUAUUCACAACUACCGUCCGAUCUACAAGCGAAAAUUUUUCAACGGUCACCGGAAGGGAUUAGGAAGUGUGUGGUGGCGACGAAUAUUGCGGAAACGUCGUUGACUGUCGAUGGGAUUAUUUUUGUCAUCGAUUCGGGUUAUUGCAAGUUGAAGGUUUAUAAUCCUAGGAUUGGUAUGGAUGCGCUCCAGAUUUACCCAAUAAGUCAAGCCAAUGCCAAUCAAAGGUCGGGAAGGGCGGGCCGUACUGGUCCAGGUCAGGCUUUCCGACUCUACACCGAAAGGCAAUACAAAGAAGAAUUGCUCGUAACGACUGUACCUGAAAUUCAGCGGACGAAUUUAGCCAAUACGGUCCUGCUGUUAAAAUCGUUGGGAGUACAAGAUUUGCUCCAAUUUCAUUUCAUGGACCCUCCGCCUCAAGAUAAUAUUCUCAAUUCUUUGUACCAAUUAUGGAUUUUGGGCGCCCUUGAUCAUACCGGCGUCCUGACAAAACUCGGCCGACAAAUGGCCGAAUUUCCUCUAGAUCCACCUCAAUGUCAGAUGUUGAUUGUUUCAAGUCAGAUGGGGUGCACUGCCGAAAUUUUGAUAAUAGUAUCAAUGUUGUCAGUGCCGUCCAUUUUCUAUAGGCCUAAAGGACGCGAGGAGGAAGCCGAUGGAGUCAGAGAGAAGUUCCAAGUUCCGGAAAGUGACCAUUUGACUUACCUUAACGUUUACAACCAGUGGAAACAAAAUAAAUAUUCAUCGCAUUGGUGCAACGAGCAUUUUAUUCACAUCAAAGCGAUGCGUAAAGUGAGGGAAGUGAGACAACAGUUGAAGGAUAUCCUAGUGCAACAAAAACUGGAGAUUAAGUCGUGUGGCACCGACUGGGAUAUCGUCAGAAAAUGCAUUUGCUCGGCUUAUUUCCACCAAGCAGCGCGCUUGAAGGGCAUCGGCGAGUACGUCAAUUGCCGUACGGGCAUGCCCUGCCACCUGCACCCCACAUCGGCCCUUUUCGGCCUCGGGAGCACUCCCGACUACGUCGUCUACCACGAGCUGGUGAUGACAGCCCGCGAGUACAUGCAGUGUGUCACUGCGGUGGACGGCCAUUGGUUGGCCGAACUAGGCCCAAUGUUCUUCUCACUGAAAGAAACCGGGAAAAGUGGCCGGGCGAAGAAGAAACAAGCCGCCGAGCACCUCCAGGAGAUGGAGAACCAGAUGCAGGUGGCCCAGGAGGAGAUGAGGGCCCGCAAGGAAGCGGCGGACAAGCGAGAGGCGGCCAUGAACAAGGGCCAGGAGAUUGUUUCAGCCGGGGCGACGCCGAGAAGGACACCGGCCCGGUUUGGUUUAUAACUUUUUAUUUAUUUUUGUAAGAACAAUAAAAAAAAUAUUAAUCAAAAAUGCUUGUCUGGUAAUUGUUGACAACCCGUUGAACAUUUCCAAAAGCAGGUGGAGAGGAAGUCGAGGACGUGGUUGAGGAUUGAGGGUUCGAUGCGCGUGCGAUUACUAAUCCGGACUGAAAAUUGCUAAUUAUUUUUAGGUAUUUUUUUAAGGGUGUGGUACGUCUGGAUGGGCGACGUUUGCAGUAAAUGUCUUCGAUGGGUCCGUCCAGGCUUGACACUGAGGAUAACUCGCUGAUAACGCUGUUUUUGUCGAAGUUCAUGUCAAGGGAACAUGUGGAACAGUUGGGGGUGAUAACUGGAGUUUCUGGAAAAUUUGAACAAGCCUAACAUUGGAAUCUGCGAACUUGUGAAUGGAAUCAGCAAGCACAUAGGUGUAACCCUGGUUGUCGAAAGCGAAACUAUCAGGCCAAAUCAUCGUACUCCGGUUCUGGUACAAAAUUUCGGGUGGUAUUCCCCCAAGCACCUUCCAUUUCCCUACUCCAUAAAGUGGCAACAAACCGUAGUACAAAUUCCCCAAUUCGUCCAUUGCCAUCCCGUCACCUUGAGCCUGUUUAUCCCCCAAAUAGGUCACAUUAGCCCUCCAAUCGCCACUACUCAGUAAAUCCUCCCGUUUCAAAAUUUCGGUACUUAUCCCAAAGACGCUAAAUCCGACCAAGGAGCAGUACAGCAGCAUCCGGGGGUUACGCCCCCGAGGGGUGAGCGCAAUACCAUUAAUGGUCCCCAACUGUGUGAACACCAUAUCAUCAACCACGAAAUUCGCAGCUCGCAUUUGCGGAAACAUGGACCCGUCCCGGAAUUUCCAAGCCCGGUUUUCCCGGACCGAGAACACAAUUAAUCCGGGGUCGAUGAAACUGGCAUCUGUUAUGUACACAUAGCCACUAUCAUCGACGACGAUAUCGUUGAAAAAACCGCCCCUCCGGAGCCCGAUUGUUUUCGGGAAUGUGAAACUCCGGAUGCGGCGGUGUGUCUUUAAGUCGUAACAAAUGAGUUUAGUGGGACACGUGGUGGCCGGAGUCAACCGGAAGCCGUCCAGUACCCACAGGACCCCAUUCCGGUCAAUUUCGAAGCUUUGCACCGCCUUGACCCCCUCACAUGUGGGGUCGGUGUUGGAUUUCCAGUCCGGGCCAGAGUGACCGGAACUCCGGGCCGGAAUUUGGGCAAAGCGAUGUACCACCGACUCCGGUAGAAUUUGAUUCCGGUCAUGGCGACGUGCUCCGGGAUGUACUGGCGAGAUUUGAUGGCUUCUGCGUAGACGAUGGAACUUUCCCAAGUGAAAUUGAUGUAGGACCAUUGUCAUACCAAAUUAGUUUAGUGGGGCAGGCGGUGGCCGGAGUCACCCGGAACCCAUCCAACACCCACAUCACCCCGCUCCGGUCAAUUUCCAUGCUUUGCACCGCCUUGAUCCCCUCACACGUGGGGUCGGUGUUGGAGUCCCAGUCCGGGUAAGGGGUCAAGAGUGGGUUAAUCGGCGCCUCAUCGGCGAAAAAGUAGGCGAGAGUGACCGGAACUCCGGGCCGGAAUUUGGGCAGCGCGAUGUACCACCGGUUCCGGUAGAAUUUGAUUCCGGUCAUGGCGACGUUCUCCGGGAUGUAGUCACCGGAGUCGAUGGCCUCCUCGUAUGUGAUGGAACUUUCCCAAGUGAAAUUGAUCAAUCCCGUAUGUAGGAAACGGACUUUGCUGACUUCAGUGUCUGAAGGUUGGAUGAAGAAGAGUUGCAGCAGUAAUAGAUGAAAUUGUUUGAAAGAUACAUUUAAGAAAACGAAUCGAAUAAAUAUAAAGAACCUCUUCUACAUGUGAAUAUCUUGUGCCAAGUUCAAGUUCAGUUUGAAGUUAUGAUAUUAAUGUAAAUGUUAAUGUUAAUACAUGAUUCGACAAAUUUUCUUAAUAAAUUAUACACCAUAAGA